AUGGUUGUGACUAAACAAGCCUUAUCUUCAAAAAAGGAGGUGCAAGAAGAAAUGGAGAUCUUCACAUGUAAUCACGUGUCUAUAGUAGAAAGUGAUGAACAAUCUGAAGAAGGGGAUAGCCAAGAGGCUCCCCCAUCAUUGGAAGAAGGAAAUCAGCCUACAAUUGAUGAGUUAAAAGAAGUUGACGUGGGCAUUAAUGAUUUUCCUCUUUCUUUGACAGAAAUAAUGGUGGAUGCAACAACUAACCAUGAGGCUUUAUCUUUUAUGGAUGGUUCCUCUGGUUAUAAUCAAAUUCACAUGGAUCCAAAGGACAAAAAGCUCAUUGCAUUUCGAACUCCUAAAGGAAUAUAUUGUUACAAAGUUAUGCCUUUUGGGUUAAAGAAUGCAAGCACCAUUUAUCAAAGAGCGAUGCAAAAGAUAUACGAUGAUAUGCUCCACAAGAAUGUUGAAUGCUAUGUUGAUGAUUUAGUGGUUAAGUCCAAAAAGAGAGUUGAUCAUCUUGAAGAUCUUCACCAAGUAUUUGAGAGAUUGUGUCAAUAUCAAUUUAAGAUGAAUCCAUUAAAGUAUGCCUUUGGAGUAUCUUUUGUACCAGUAAAUGGUUUAGCAGAAGCUUUCAAUAAGAUUUUUUGUAAUCUUCUCAAAAAAGUUGCUAAUCGCACAAAGAAAGAUUGGCUAGAGAAAAUAGGAGAAGCUUUAUGGGCUUAUCGUAUGACAUUUCAUACACCUACUCAAGCUACUCCAUAUGAGCUUGUUUAUGGUGGGGAAGUUGUUCUCCCACCAGAGCGUCAAAUUCCAUCAUUUAGAAUUGCUAUUCAAGAAGGUUUUUCAAAUGAAGAUAUGUUUGCCUGCGCCUUGAAGAACUUGAAACGUUGGAUGAGAAAGCACAACUUUACUUCUGUUUUUGACCAAAUAAAAGAAACCUUGAUUGAUUUAUCUUCCAUUGACUGUUCUAGGAUUGCAAAAUCUAUAAUUUUGAGGUGUCCACAUGUUUUUGACAAGAAAGGUAAGAUUUUUACCAAUGUUUCACUUACAGAACUUCUUUUGGAUAUAUUUGAUAUAAUAUCAGAAACUGCAAGAAAAUUUAGGAAAGUUUUCGUGUUGAAACCUGAAGAUGCGCUUGAAGUAUUACUGGGUUUUGAGUUUGAGAGUGGGAAUUUUUCUUUUGGGGUUAGAAAGGUGGGCAUUAUAUGGGAAAUUUUUAAGUCGGGUAGUGAAAAAGUUAAGGGUUUUAAGCUCAUGCCAAGAUCAUAAGUUAUGGCAUCAAUGCUUAUCCAAGCAAGAAUGUUUAAAGAAGUUGAAUUGUUGGUUUUGGAGGUGGAGAGGGAAGGAAUUUUGUUGCAUAAUUUAUUUUACACAAAAAAUAGUCAUGGAAUUUUCUAUAGUUUAGUUGAAAGGUAUGUUGGUGUUGUUGAUCUAGAAAAUGCCAUUUUGGUUUUUAAUAAAAUGAUAGGCCAACUGUUAGUCCCAUCAUUGUCAUGUUACCAUGCUUUGAUUGAUGUUUCAAUUGAGAGGAGGCAAACUCAAUCAGCGUUCUAAGUUUACUUGGACAUGGUGGAAAUGGAUGUCCAUUGGAGUGAUAAGGAGGUGCCUGCUUUCGAGAAUGUUAUAAGGUUACUUUGUGAGGAUGGAAGGGUUCAUUAAGUGAGAAAUCUAUUUAAGAAGGUUUUAUUGCGAUUCAAACCUAGCAGUUUAGUUAUUAAUGAGAUUGAUUGUGGAUACUUUGAGAAGAAAGAUUUUUAAGAUUUGCUGAGGUUUUUGGUUGAAAUAAAGUGCAUACCACAUAUUAUUGUUGGCAAUAAGAUCAUACAUAAUCUUUACAGCAAGUUUAGAGUAGAAAGUGCAGAUUUGUUCUUGCAAGAACUAGAGCUUUUGGGUUUCAAGCCUAAUGAAAUAACCUUUAGAAUCCUAAUUGGUUGAAGUUCCUAUGAAGAGGAUUUGCGAAGUGCCUUUGUGUAUUUGUCUCAAAUUUUGUCAAGAGGUUUAAGACCUGAUAUAUGGACCGACAAUGCUUUUAUUAGUGGGGUGUUUAAAGAGGGCAUGUGGAAGCUUGCCCAAGAUAUUCUUGAAGAAACGGUGGAUGGGGGCACAAGUCUGAAUUUAUGGACUUAUAAAGUCCUAUUAUCGCUAUAUUGUAAAACAAGAUGGUUUGAUGAAGCCAAAAAGAUAGUUUACCAGAUGGUUAACACUGGUUUCAUUGAACUUUCUUCCUGGGAGGAUCCACUUUCCAAAGCAUUAGUAGUGUUGGGACUUGAUCCAUUAGCUGUAAAGUUGAGAAGGGACAACAAUGUGGGAUUUCCCAUGGCAGAAUUUUUCGAUGACCUUGGAAAUGGACUCUAUUUAGAUACAGACUUGGAUGACUAUGAGAAAAAAGUAAGCAAGGUUCUUGAGGAUUCUAUAAGACUUGAUUUUAGUUCUCUUAUAAUGAAUGAAUGUAGUUCUCGAAAUUUAGUAAAUGCAUUGGGGUUUGCAAAUGAAAUGAUUCUAUGGGGACAACAACUGUCUAUUUCUGUCUUUACAGCAUUUUUGAAGGGGCUUGGUGCCUCCCAUUCUCAUGACAAGGCAAGUGCCAGUCCUUUUGAAAAAAUGCCCAAGUUCAUUAAUCAGUUGGAUCGAGAAACGCUAAAUAUGCUCAUCCAAGCAUUCUGCCAGAUAGGAUUAGCUUACAAUGGGAUAAGUUUAUUUUAUGAAAUGCUUCGAAGGGACCUAAUAAUCAACAGUGAGACUUACACUGCUGCAAUGAAGGGAUUAUUUAAGAAAGGAAUCUUGAGUGACCUUCAUGGUUUCCAGAAUGUUGCUCAAAAUGACAAAUGGUUAUCCACAUUGGAGGAUUGCAAUGCUCUUUCCAAAUGUCUUUGUCAUCAGGACACUGAAGCACUGAACCUUUUUGGUGGCAUGCUGGUCUCCUACCCUCAACCAAAGUUAAAAGUUUUCAAUAUCUUCCUCGAGAAGCUGUGCAUCUCUAAUUUUACAAGUAUUGCACAUGUGAUAGUAGAACUUCUAAGGCAAGGUUGGAUUUUGAAUCAUAUGGCUUAUAGCCAUCUUGUAAGAGGGCUGUGCGAUGAGAAAAAAUUUCCAAGUGCCAUUAGAGUUUUGGACACUAUGCUAGCUGAGGACUUAGACCCAUGCUUAGAUGUUUCUUUGAGACUAAUUCCUUACUUGUGUAGAGUUGACAAAGUUGAAGAGGCUAUCACAUUGGGAAAGAUUAGUUUGCGAGAGUAAUCUGCAUUUUCUUCUGUCCAUAGUGCUUUACUUAAAGGAUUUUGUAUGAAAGGGAAGCUUGGAGAAGUAGGACUUUUGUUUCAAGAUAUGUCAUCAGAGGGUCUGUUUCUCAAUGCUAAUAUUUAUGGUAUGCUGGCUCAAGGGUGUUGUCGAGCUAACAAUUUGAGAUUAUUUGAGGAGCUACUUGGUGUCAUGAUAAGGAAAAAUAUAUGCCUUUCAAUCUCUUGUUAUCGUAGUUGCGUGUGCUUGAUGUGUUCUGCUAGAAGGUAUUUCUCUGCAUUAAGCCUGAAGGAUUUUAUGCUAGGACAAAGCCAAUCUGACAGCCUUAUAAUUUAUAAUAUUCUUUUAUUCUCUCUUCUCUUGGCUGGAAAUAUUUUGGCUGUGAUUAAAGUUUUAAAUGAAUUGCAAGAGAAGGGAUUGCUACCUUAGGAAGCCACUUAUGACUUUCUUGUGUAUGGAUUUUCCAAGUGCAGAGAGCUGUCAAGUUCUGAGCACUAUUUGUUUGCUAUGAUUUCCAUGGGACUUAAGUCAUGCAAUCGCAGCUUGAGAAUAGUAAUAAGCCACUUGUGUGAUAUUGGGGAUCUUGAAAAAGCUUUGGAGUUGAGUCAAGAAAUGGAAUCAAGAGGCUUGCUUCAUGGUUCAGUUCUUCAAUACAGAAUUGCUGGGAGCCUCCUGUCUCAUGGUAAUCCUAAAAAAGUAGAAAGUUUUCUAGUAAAAAUGUUAGAUAAAGGUCUUUUACCGAAUACAAUCAAUUAUGAUAAUCUGAUUAAGCAGUUUUGUUUUUAUGGGAGAUUGAACAAGGCCGUUGAUUUUCUGAACAUAAUGUUAAAGAGGGGAAAUUACAGUUAUGAUUCUAUUAUCCAUGGUUUUUGUGCAUGCAAUAAAUUGACCCGAGCUAUGGACUUCCAUUAUGAGAUGCUGGAUUGGGACUUAAGCCACGUAUUAAUACAUGGGACAUGUUUGUUUUGUAAAAUUUUCCAAGAUGGAUGUACUGCAGAAGCAGAACUACUAAUUUCUAUGGUUCAAUUAGGACAAACUCCAACCAAAGAGAUGUACACCUCUAUAAUCAAUGGGUAUCACUCUGAAAAUAAUCUCAAGAAAGCAUCAGAGCUAAUGCAAAUGAUGCAACAAAGCAGUUAUAAGCCAGACUUUGACACACACUGGUCUCUUGUAAGCAAUUUAAAAGACAAUAAGAAGAGCAGCCGGCGUUUUCUAUCAAGGUUUCUCUCUGGAAGUGGAUUUACUUGGAAAAAUCAUUUUGAGACCGGACAACAAUGA